AUGAGCAGUCAACAACUGGAGAGAUUUGUUGCUUUUUGGACAUUGAUUUUCAUAAGGAUAGUUACUGGGCUUACUGGAGAGGGAAGAUCUGUGUGGAAAAAGGACCCCCACUUCAGCCCCGUGAGUGAAACACAGAUGUUUUUGUAUGACACUUUCCCCAAAGAGUUUCUCUGGGGUGUAGGGACGGGGGCUUUCCAGGUUGAAGGCAGCUGGAGGAAGGACGGGAAAGGUGUCUCCAUCUGGGACCGAUUCAUCCACUCGGAGUUCAGGGCUGCUGACAGCACAGAUGCCUCCAGUGACAGUUACACCUUGUUGGACAAAGACUUGUCUGCUCUGGAUUUUUUAGGUGUUACUUUUUACCAGUUUUCAAUUUCAUGGUCAAGGCUUUUUCCCACUGGAGUGGUAGCAGCUCCCAAUGAAAAAGGACUCCAGUAUUAUAACACCCUUAUUGACUCUCUACUCUACAGAAACAUUGACCCUGUGGUUACGCUAUACCACUGGGACCUGCCCUUAAUGCUGCAGGAAAAAUACGGGGGAUGGAAAAACGAAUCAGUAAUUGAUAUCUUCAAUGACUAUGCCACCUUUUGCUUCCAGACCUUUGGGGAUCGUGUUAAGUAUUGGAUUACAAUCCACAAUCCGUAUUUAGUUGCUUGGCAUGGGUAUGGCACAGGCAUUCAUGCUCCUGGAGAGAAAGGGAAAAUAACAACCGUCUACUCUGUAGGACACAAUUUGAUCAAGGCUCAUGCAAAAGUUUGGCAUAACUACAAAAACCACUUUCAACCAUAUCAGAAGGGGAUGAUGUCCAUAGUGCUAGGAUCCCACUGGAUUGAACCUAACAAAUCGGAAGAUGCUUUGGACAUUGCUAAAUGUCAGCAGUCUAUGGAGAGAGUUCUCGGGUGGUUUGCUAAGCCCAUCCAUGGGGAUGGCGAUUAUCCAGAAGAACUGAAAAAUGAAUUCUCGUUUUUGCCACGCUUUACUGAGGAUGAAAAAAACUACAUAAAGGGAACAGCUGACUUCUUUGCAUUUUCCUUUGGCCCUAGUAACUUUAAACCUCCAAACACUCUACCAAAAAUGGGACAAAAUUUGUCACUCAAUUUGAGGGAAGUACUGAACUGGAUUAAACUGGAAUACAACAGCCCCCGAAUCUUGAUUGCAGAGAAUGGCUGGUUCACUGAUAGCCAUGUGAAGACAGAUGACACCACAGCCAUCUACAUGAUGAAAAACUUCAUUAAUAAGGUUUUACAAG